AUGCAGAACUACACCUCUGUGACGGAGUUCACCCUGUUGGGAAUUCCAAAUACUGAAGGGCUGGAGAAUAUGCUGUUUGUCCUCUUUCUGGCCUUCUACCUCUUCACCUUGCUGGGGAACCUGCUCAUCUUCCUCACCAUUCUGGUUUCCUCUAACCUGCACACCCCCAUGUAUUUCUUCCUGGGAAACCUGUCUGUGUUUGACAUAUUUUUCCCUUCAGUGAGUUCCCCCAAAAUGAUGCUCUGCCUAAUGGGGCCAAGCCGGACCAUCUCUUACCAGGGCUGUGCCUGCCAGCUCUUCUUCUACCACUUCCUGGGUGGCACUGAGUGCUUCCUGUACACGGUGAUGGCCUAUGACCGCUUCGUGGCUAUUUGUCACCCUUUGCGAUACACAGUCAUCAUGAGCCACAGGGUGCGUACCGGCUUGAUGUUGGGCACUUGGCUGGGCGGCUGUCUACAUGGAAGUAUCCUCACGUUUCUGGUCUUUAAGUUACCCUUCUGUGGCCCCAACGAGGUGGAUAAUUUCUUCUGCGAUAUCCCAGGGCUGCUGCCGCUGGCCUGUGCAGACACCUCUCUAGCCCAGACCGUGAGUUUUACUAACGUGGAUGUUGUGACUCUGACAUGCUUUUUCCUUAUCCUUACUUCCUACGGCCACAUCGUCAUUUCCAUACUGAAAAUCGGCACCUCUGCAGGCAGGCGCCGAGCUUUUUCAACCUGCAGUGCCCACCUGAUAUCAAUCUUCUUGUUUUACGGUCCAGUGAUGCUCAUCUAUCUCAGGCCCGCUUCCAGCCCCUGGCUAGAUUCUGUUAUUCAGGUGUUAAAUAACAUUGUCACUCCUUCUCUUAACCCUUUGAUUUACACCUUGAGAAACAAGGAUGUGAAAUUGGCCUUGAGGCAAGUAUUCACUCAAGUGGUCCACAUUUCUGGGAUAGAAAGAAGGACCGAGCGCAUCUGGCUUUCGACACUGAUGCAGGAGAGGAAGCAUAGCAUUCCUAGCGAGAAUUCACAAAAUACCCCAGGCACGGCUUCCGGGCCCCACCACUGCGUGGGCUGCGCGUCUGGAUCACAUGAAUUAUAUUCUGCAAUGGAGAAUCUCAAUAGCCAGCUUCUGGUAGCUGUGAGACGCACUGCAAAGAAGCAGGCAGCUUUAGAAACGUGCCUCAUGUAUGAUCAGUCAAUGUUGUUCUUUUCGCUAGAGAUCAGGGAGCUCAACAGGAUGGUCACACAAAUUCAGUGGCCAAAUCACGGAAUAAAGGAGGGCUCUGGUUCUGGGCUUUUGUCCACGGCCACAAAGAAUUGCGGUUUGGUGGGCGAUGUGGGCUGA